AUGGCUCGUAGAUAUGACACAAGAACGACAAUUUUCUCCCCUGAAGGUCGUUUGUAUCAAGUGGAGUAUGCAAUGGAAGCUGUGGGACAUGCAGGCACUUGCUUAGGAAUUGUAGCAAAAGAUGGGAUAGUUUUGGCUGCUGAAAAACGCUUCAUAAAUAACCUUCUGGAUGAGACUGUUUUUUCAGAAAAGAUCUACAAAAUCAAUGACGACAUCGCUUGCGCCGUUGCUGGUAUUACAGCUGAUGCUACAGUUCUCAUAAAUGAAAUGCGGCUUAUUGCUCAAAGAUAUCUCUUGUCUUAUCAGGAGCCCAUGCCAGUGGAACAACUUGUGUGUCACAUAUGCGAUCUUCAACACGGCUAUACCAUGUAUGGUGGUAGAAGACCUUUCGGUGUUUCCAUGUUGUUCAUCGGAUGGGAUAAGCGUUAUGGCUACCAACUGUAUCAGACGGACCCAUCAGGGAAUUUUCUUGGGUGGAACGCUACAUGUAUUGGGUCGAAUUCAACUGCAGCGGGUUCCAUUUUAGAACAAGAUUACAACCCAGAUGCGACAGUCGAAGAAGCCACAAAGUUGUGUGUAAAGGUCCUGUAUAAAACAAUGACAAUGUCUAAACUGACUUCAGAAAAGGUUGAGAUCGGAGUACUACAGAGACGCAAUGAGAAGACUUACGUUCGUCUUAUCAACCAAAGUGAGGUCGAUACCUUGAUAAAAACAGUUGAGGGAGAAGAAACUCAAAAGAAGUGAUACUUGUGCAUAUCAUUUACCGAACGAAAAGGUAGUGAAUAUAAGACUGGAAGACGAUUUCACUGCAGGACGGCAGAAGCAGAGUCCCUCCGUCGAUAACCACAAUCUCCAGUGACAGUCUUCACAUAAUAAGAGAAGUUAAACAAAACUGACGCUGAAAGUAGCACACGCCACCUAUCCAACAAACUCUCAGUGAUGGUUUUAAGGCCCGAAAAAUAGAUAGCAGACAAAUAGAAAACUACUCGUAAACGUCAUGUGACCAGUUUCGGGUUCGCACUCCUGGAGUAACAAAUCCUGCAUUACUAAUCUAGUUUGAUUUGCAGGUCCGUCAAAAUUAAAUGUGAACAACCGAAAAAUGUCAAUCUUCAUAUCUGUAACAACACUCAAAUCAGUCCUGUUUAUAGUCGAAUCUAUUCGCUCCCUAAUAUUCCCCUUUCCACUAAUAACUCAUUUUUUGGCUUUAUUUGCUGUCACAAGCCACUAAUAUUAAUGAUUUGAGUUUACAAAGUGUCAUUUUUGAUGUCUUUCAAUGACGAUCCAAACUAAAUACUAAGUCGUGGGAGGAAUUCG